GUAACGUAAUUACCAUUUAUAUCCAGAAUAUCAAACCCUAAAUAUGGAAAAACCUUCGAGAAAACGUGGCCGGAAAUCCAAAAAUGCAGCGGACGCAGAGGCAAACCCUAACCUAACCACAACCGCCACCUCUGCCGACGACGUAGUAGCGUCCUUAAACACCGCGGCUGAUACUACCAAAACCGACCGUCGAGGAUCCAAACGUCAUAGGAAGACUGGAAAAGGAAAAUCUGACGAUGUUGGCAUAGGUGCUUCUCCUGAUCGAAGAGCUUCUAGGCAUAGCGAUCAUAAUGGAGAUUGUGACAUCGUUACGGCUGUUUCUGAUGGUGCUCCGCGGUGGGAGACCGUCGGGAAGGUUGUUCCGUCGAUGGAUGCGGUGGUUAAGGUGUUUUGUGUUCAUACGGAACCGAAUUUCUCGUUGCCAUGGCAAAGGAAGAGGCAGUAUAGUUCGAGUAGUAGUGGUUUUAUCAUCGGAGGACGGAGGGUUUUGACAAAUGCACAUUCCGUCGAGCAUCAUACUCAGGUCAAAGUUAAGAAACGAGGCUCUGAUACCAAAUAUCUUGCAACUGUGCUUGCUAUCGGAACUGAAUGCGAUAUUGCAAUGUUGACUGUGAGUGACGAUGAAUUCUGGGAAGGAAUUUCACCCUUGGAGUUUGGAGAUUUGCCUGCAUUACAAGAUGCCGUCACAGUUGUCGGCUACCCUAUUGGUGGAGACACAAUCUCGGUGACUAGUGGCGUUGUUUCACGCAUAGAGAUAUUAUCUUAUGUUCAUGGAUCAACCGAGCUUCUUGGUUUGCAAAUUGAUGCUGCAAUAAACUCGGGGAAUUCAGGGGGGCCUGCCUUUAACGACAAGGGAGAGUGUGUUGGUAUUGCAUUUCAGUCUCUUAAACAUGAAGAUGCCGAGAAUAUUGGUUAUGUCAUACCAACCCCAGUUAUUAUGCAUUUUAUUCGGGAUUAUGAAAAGAACGGCGAAUAUACAGGGUUCCCAAUUCUUGGAGUCGAGUGGCAAAAGAUGGAGAAUCCUGAUCUGCGGAUGUCAAUUGGAAUGGGAAAUGAGCAUAAGGGUGUGCGGAUCAAAAGAAUUGAACCCACUGCUCCUGAAUCUAAUGUCUUGUGUCCUUCUGAUGUAAUCCUUAGUUUUGAUGGGGUUAAUGUUGCUAAUGAUGGAACAGUUCCAUUCAGGCAUGGAGAGCGUAUCGGUUUCAGUUAUCUUGUUUCGCAAAAGUAUACCGGUGAUAAAGCUCUAGUUAAAAUACUCAGAAGUUCGAAGAUUUAUGAGUUCAACAUAAAACUUGCAACCCACAAGCGACUGGUGCCAGCACACAUUGGUGGCAAGCCCCCUUCCUAUUACAUAGUUGCUGGAUUUGUUUUCACUGCUGUAUCCGUGCCAUAUUUGCGUUCGGAGUACGGGAAAGACUAUGAUUUUGAUGCUCCGGUAAAGCUAUUGGACAAACAUCUACAUGCCAUGGCACAAUCGGUUGAUGAACAACUUGUCGUAGUUUCUCAGGUGCUUGUGGCCGACAUCAAUAUUGGAUACGAAGAGUUAGUGAAUACUCAGGUUCUUGCUUUCAACAACAAGCCCGUCAAGAACUUGAAGAGCUUGGUGGAUAUGGUGGAAAGUUGUAACGAAGAAUUUCUGAAGUUCGACCUUGAAUACGAACAGAUCGUGGUGUUACGGACCAAGAUGGCAAAAGAUGCAACUCGAGAUAUCCUGUUAACACAUUGUAUACCUUCAGCCAUGUCUGAUGACCUCAAAUAACGAAAGCCGAUCUAACAAAAGCUUAUCGCCAAUAGUUUCGUGUAACCAUUGCAUUUAAGGUAAAAUCCGAAUCCCGUCUUUUACACAUCGACCGUUUUGCUUCAACGUGGAAUCUAGAAAACCGACAGCUAACGAUAUCUGGUUUAUCUCGCUUAUUUUACGCAUUUCCGCUACAAGGCUGUUUAUGUUAUCAGGUGAUUUUGAUGAAGGGUUUGAUGUUGUAAUGGGGUUAAUGAAGGUAGCAAGUCUUUCAACAUCAGUUUUGAUGGUGUAUGGUGGUUUCUUAAUUUUUGACAUUUUUAACUUUUAAAGAGAAA